UCGCCCAUCCAUCCAUCCAUCGAAAUCUCUCUCUCUCUCUCCUCGCCGCCGCCUCCUCCUCCUUCCGCCGCGUUUCAAAAAUUUUCUCUUCCUCCGCUCCAAAACCCUACCCACCAGCCCCACUCAACCCGCCGGCAGAUCCGGGCGCGGCCCCGCGGGGGAGACCAUCGCCGAGGGCAAGGGAUCGUGCUGUUCUCUGGGGGUGGGGGGACGCGCGGAUGGAGGCGCAGGCCACGGCGGCGGUGAAGGAGGCGCUGGCGGCGCUGUACCACCACCCCGACGACGCCACGCGCACCGCCGCCGACCGGUGGCUGCAGCAGUUCCAGCACACGCUCGACGCGUGGCAGGUAGCCGACAGCUUACUUCACGAUGAAAGCAGUAAUCUGGAGACUCUGAUCUUCUGUUCUCAAACCCUCAGAAGCAAGGUACAAAGGGACUUUGAAGAAUUACCUUCAGAAGCUUUUCGUCCAUUACAAGAUUCUCUAUACGCAUUGCUGAAAAAAUUUAGUAAAGGACCACAAAAAGUUAGAACACAGAUUUGCAUUGCAAUGGCUGCUCUUGCUGUGCAUGUACCUGUAGAGGACUGGGGAGGUGGUGGUAUUGUGAAUUGGCUAAGUGAUGAAAUGAAAUCUCAACAAGAUUUUAUCCCAAGCUUCCUUGAGCUGCUAAUUGUUUUGCCACAGGAAUGUUCUAGUCAUAAAAUAGCAGCUCGUCCUGAAAGGCGCAGACAGUUUGAGAAUGACCUUCGUUCAUCAGCCGAAGUUGCACUUAGCCUAUUGACUGCUUGCUUGGGUAUUGAUCAGCUAAAAGAACAGGUUCUUGAGGGUUUUGCUUCUUGGCUUCGUUUCUGUCAUGGAAUCUCCGCAUCUAAUCUUGCUUCGCAUCCUUUGGUUUAUACGGCGCUUUCUUCGUUGAACUCUGACCAAUUUUUGGAGGCAGCUGUAAAUGUUACUUCAGAAUUGAUACAUUUUACGGUAUCCCGUGAAUCUAAUGGCAUAACCGAACAGAUUCCACUGAUUCAAGUUCUCAUUCCUUAUGUCAUGGGUCUCAAGGAGCAACUCAAAGAUUCUUCUAAGGAUGAAGAUGAUGUAAAAGCUAUUGCCCGUCUAUUGGCAGACAUGGGUGAUUCUUAUGUCGAGUUGAUUGCAACAGGUUCUAAUGAUGCCAUGCAGAUAGUGAAUGCAUUACUGGAAGUUACUUCUCAUCAAGAAUUCGACAUCUCCUCCAUGACAUUUAAUUUCUGGCAUCAUCUUAUGCGUAACCUGACUGAUAGGAGUUCGUAUGAAUCAUAUGGAUCUGAAGUCUCAAUCAACGCUGAGAGAAAUAGAAGAUUACAAAUAUUCCAUCAUCCGUACGAAAUUCUUGUAUCUCUGGUAAGUUUCCGAGUUGAAUAUCCUGAGCUCUACCACACCUUCUCAGAGGAAGACCAAAGGGAUUUCAGACAUUCCAGAUACGCGGUUAGUGAUGUAUUACUUGAUGCAACUGAUGUCCUUGGAGGUGAUCCGACACUAAAAAUACUUUUCAUGAAGCUGAUUCAGGCAUGUGGAAAUGGACAGAACCAAAAAUGGCAACCUGUAGAGGCUGCUCUGUUCUGUAUACAAGCCAUAGCUAAGUCAGUUUCUGUUGAAGAAAAGGAAAUACUACCUCAGGUCAUGUCACUGCUUCCCAGCUUUCCUCAUCAAGAGCAGUUGCUGCAAACAGUUUGUUCACUCAUUGGAGCAUUUUCAAAAUGGAUUGAUGCUGCCCCAUCUGAACUGUUGAUACUACCACCUUUGGUUGAUAUUCUCAACAAGGGUAUGAGUACAUCAGAGGAUACAGCUGCAGCUGCUUCUGUGGCAUUCAAAUAUAUAUGUGAAGACUGUAGGAGAAAGUUCUCUGGUUCAUUGGAUGGUCUUUUCCAGAUCUACCAAAUUGCAUUAAGUGGAGUUGGUGGUUACAAGGUUUCUUCAGAGGACUCAUUGCAUUUGGUUGAAGCCCUAAGUGUGGUUAUCAUGACGCUCCCACCAGACCAUGCUCAAAGAGCACUGGAGUUAAUCUGCCAACCAGUAAUUAAUCCCUUGCAGGAAAUAAUCCAGCAAGGAGAUACAGUUCUUCAGCAAGUUCCUGUUCGGCAAUUAACCUUGCAUAUAGACCGAUUAUCAUGCAUUUUUAGCCGUGUGAAACUUCCACAAGUAGUUGCUGAGGCUGUCAAUAGAUAUUGGCCGACAUUGAAAAGUAUUUUUGAUAAACGGGCAUGGGAUACACGAACCAUGGAGUCUUUAUGUCGAUCUUGCAAAUUUGCUGUAAGAACAUGUGGGAGGUUUAUGGGAUUCACCAUUGGUGCAAUUCUUGAAGAAAUCCAAACUCUGUAUCAACAACACAAUCAAGCUUGCUUCCUUUACCUGUCGAGUGAAGUUAUUAAGAUAUUUGGGUCUGAUCCAGCAUGUGCAAACUAUCUUGCAAGUCUGAUACAGGCGCUUUUUGGCCAUACAAUACAGCUCCUUCGAACUAUUCAAGAUUUUACAGCUAGACCAGAUAUAGCUGAUGAUUGCUUCCUUCUAGCAUCAAGAUGUAUUCGAUACUGUCCAGAUUUGUUUGUACCUACAGAGAUGUUUCCGAGAUUGGUUGACUGUGCAAUGGCUGGUAUAACUAUACAGCACAGGGAAGCAUGCAAGUCUAUAUUAUCUUUUCUCUCUGAUGUCUUUGAUCUUGCAAAAUCAUCCGAGGGAGAAAAGUACCGAGAAUUAAUAAACACAAUUAUACUUCAGCGGGGUGCAGUACUUACUAGAAUAAUGGUUGCUUCCUUAACAGGGGCACUACCAUUUAGUCGCUUGGACGAGGUCUCUUUUGUUCUGGUGUCCCUUAGCAGAUCAUUUGGUGGGAACAUGUUGAAUUGGGCAAGGGAAUGUAUUACCCUCAUACCAUCACAAGCACUGACAGAUUCAGAACGUUCAAGAUUCUUGCAUAUUGUAUCUGAUGCUUCAUCAGGAUCUAGUCUUGGUUCCAUAACAGAUAGAUUUGCAGAAAUCUCAGAAGUCUGUCGAAGAAACAAAACUGUACAAGACAUGGUUCAAGCCGCUUUGCGGCCACAUGACUUGUCCUUCACAGUUGUCCCACAACCAUUGUGAUGACAGGAUAUUUAUACAAGACCAAUGGAAAGUCCAUGGCAGUUCAUGUUUAGUCAGUGUUGAUUCAUGCCUCCACAGCAUCGUCCGAUCGUUUUUCCUACUUCAUACAGGUUUGAGUUGCGGCGCCAUACUGUUCAGAUUUCUUCAGAGGAUAGAUAGGUUAGUCGGUCACUGUAAUUCUUUUGUAUCUCGUCACUGUACAUGUUCCAUGCAUUCUGUAUCUGGGAGGGAAGUUGUGUUGUAUUAUGUCAAAAAAGGAAUGGGUAUACAUACAUCACUGGGGGAUCACACGAAUGGUGAUCCUGCCUUGAGGCCUCAUUUUUCAAUGGCCGGCCAGCUUGCUUUUCAGUUUAGAUGGCCUUCAAUUUUUUAUUUAUUAUGAAGACAUCCUCAAA